AUGCAAGAAUUGAUCGCAGAAAUCAGGCAACAACAAGGACAACAAAUUUCUCUUAUAAUCACCGAGACUUUUUGCAGUGAUAAAGUCUCCGAUUUUGAGGAACAUUUGUCAAAAUUCGACCAUUACAUCAAGAAAACUGAAAAACUGCAAGAAGAAAAUGGUGCCCUCAAACUGGAGGUCUCGUCGCUCAAAGUUAGAGUCAACAAUCUUGAUCAAAUUUCUAGACUUAAUAACAUAGAAAUACAGGGCGUCCCCGAAAAACAGAAUGUCAACUACAAAGUACAGUUGGAUAAGGUUAAAUACAUUCAUCGUGUGCCGACCAGCAAGGAUUCUGUAAAUAAAAUGAAAAAUAUUAUAGUCCGAUUUAUUUCCCGUAAAGAUAGGGAUGACAUUCUGAUCACUGCGAAAGCCAAGCGCUUGCAGCGUGAGAGAGGUUCGCCAAAGAUGGUGAUUCAAGGUGUCUCCGACCAAUUGUACAUCAAAGAACACCUAAUUAUCGAAAAUAAGGUCUUAUAUAAGGAAGCCCGCGCAUUUGCCAAGGAAAACCGAUUCAAAUAUGUUUGGUGUAAGAACGGAAAAUACCAGGGGUUGAGAUCCAACUCAAAUCAAUUCUACCAUAAUAUUUAUGCAACAAAUCACGACGUAAUAUGUCUCACUGAAACCUGGCUAAAAGACGGUAUUUGCGACAGUGAACUUUUCAAUGAAAGAUACUCGAUCUUCAGCAGGGACAGAGCAAGUUACGCUUCACAAAAAAAGGAUGGAGGAGGUGUUCUGAUUGCCGUGAACACCUCACUCAGCUCACGACGUUGUCCUCAGCUGGAAUCGGGAGCUGCAGAUGUGUGGAUAGUGAUAGAUGGAAAAAAUGAUGAUAAGUUAUAUGUGUGUUGUGUUUAUCUACCGCCUAACGAUGCCUAUGCUUAUGCAUCUUUCGUGAGUUCACUGGAAUCUAAUAAAAGAUUAUUUCACCAGCAUAAUGUACUGAUGGUGGGUGAGUUCAACCUUCCAACCGUCAGCUGUUCCCUAGUACAUGAUAAUACGUUCCUAGAGCCUCUCCAAGUUGACGAAAAAUCCAGCAGUCUGAUUGACAUGUUUUCUCUUUUAGAACUUAUGCAGCUCAACUCAAUUCAUAACUUCAAUAAUAAACUGUUAGACUUGAUACUCAGCAACAAAGAUUUAGUCAAGGAUGUGUCUCGGGCAGACGAUAGUUUCGUAGAAGAAGACGACCAUCCAGUCAUCUCGUUUGUUGGUAUAUGGAUCAAUAGUGGAGUCGUCGUGCAUAGUUGAAAUCAAAACCACGCAUUUAUUUUUUUUUGGACAUGUGAAACUAUCGUUACAUCCUUUUGGAAUCCAAAAAGUGAUGACCCAACCAACCUAUUUUUAUUUGGCAAGAACUCUAUCGGCAGCUCUCGCUUAUUCUUCUUCAGGGUUCCGAUGAAAGUUAUUUUGUCUUGAAGAAGUUCCACUGCCAAAGGGUAACUUGAAUACCAAUUAUCGGAGG